AUGAACCAAAGUGAAAAACAACCACGUAGGCCUCUAGUUUCACGAAACAUUACCUCUGAAACUAGAAUGUCUGACUCCGUUUCAGUAGCCGCACCGUUCAAACCACCUAGGGCGCCUCAAAGUAACCCUGCGGUCCCAUUCCCAAACGAGUCGUCAAUAUGGGAGGUGUAUGUAAAUGAAUCAAUAGUCGUCGAUAAUGAACUAGUGAAAGAUUGGACUUCCAGUCUCAAUUUCCUUCUCGCCGCCAUCUUCUCCUCUGUAUUGUCGGCAUUUAUCAUCGAGAGCAAGAAGUUGCUAGAGCAAGAUUCAGCAGAAGUGAUGGUCGAUGUCCUCAUAUUCCUCGUCAACAAUAACACCAAUGGCACUCAU